AAAAAAUUGAGCUCCAACAACAGUGAAAUUGCUUUAGAGGCACACAAUUCAUUUCCACGGCCCUGAAAAUUAAAUUGUUGGCGCGUGCGCAAUUUACCAUAAAUGUAAAGUUUCUUAUCCCUCCCACAGAGGGAGAGAGAGAGGAGAGGGAGGAAUACAAUUUUUUCCACCCAUUUUUUUUUUUUGUUAUUUUCAUGUGAGUGACAGUGAACGUAAGAAGAGGAAAAAACAAAAAAAAAAGAAGCCUACAAAUGGGUUGAAGUGAAGAAAAGAAAAUAUCCUCAAAUGAUCCUGAGGGAAAUAUAAUAAAUCUUGGGAGGAAAAUUUUUUCAUCGCUUCGCAUGUAAGACACACACCAUCACAAAUAAAAUUUGGGACAUGCGCACACGAUGGUACAAACUGCUCAUCACCUGGUGUGUUUUGGUUUUUUUCAUUUUCCUCACAACACGAGUGCUUCUUGAUAAAGGCCUCAACCAACCAAUUUCAAUCAGGGAGGAACGUUUAGAGAGAUCGGAAAAUGCGCAUCUGCAACAGGAAGUACCGACUGGUGCUCCCCUCUACGCUGCCGGUUCCUAUAUGUCAGGAAGACAGCCAGAAAAUACAAGUUUCUGCAAUUGGCACUACAAUCUACCUCAAGAAUUUUUUUUCCUACAGUCAAAAAUCAGUGGCACUCCUGAAGCUGGAAUAAAAGGGCCUUACAGAAUUCUUCCUCAAAUUAUCCAAGAAUCAACAACAGCAAAAGAAAUUCCCAAAAUCACACUUUGUACCCACUCGACUGCCGAUCAAGUCUACUCGAUCGUCGAACUCGCAAAAAGAUGGGAGGGACCCCUAAGUUUUUCCAUUUUUGCACCCGGACUCGAUGCCGGUUUGGCAAUCGCACUUCUAAAUCGAGCCUGCUACUGCGAACCAACCAUGUCCAAGGUUUCAGUUCAUCUAAUAUUCCCUGCUGGCCGACCGCCGGCUUUAGGAGACUUUAGUCGCUUCAAGGGAGAUUGUGCGGCUUCGGAUCUUCAAUGGAGGGAAGCUGCGACCGAAAGAAAACAAAGGGGAAUGACGUAUCCGAUAAAUGUUGCGAGGAACAUUGCUCGUGUACAAGCACAAACUGAUCGUGUCCUCGUCUCCGACAUAGAGCUUCUGCCGAGUGCAAAAAUGGCUUCGGGCUUUCAGCAAAUGCUCCAAGAACGAUCGACGAGAAAUAAUGUCGUCUUUGUUCUUCCCGUUUUUGAAAUUGAAGCUAAUGAGGAGCCGCCGAGCAAUAAAAAUCAACUGCUCACCGCACAUCGAGUUGGAUCGGCUGUUUAUUUUCACAGAUACGUCUGCUCUCACUGUCAAAGAUUUCCAGGACUCACACGAUGGUUACUACGACCUAAUUCCGGUAAAGUGAAGCCGUUUAUUAUAACAAGAAGGGAAAUUCCUAAUCACAGAUGGGAGCCAGUUUUUAUUGGAACUAAAAAUGAUCCACUUUAUACGGAAGAUAUGACGUGGGAGGGUCGUCAAGAUAAAAUGGCUCAGAUGUUUGAGAUGUGCCUCAUGAAUUAUCGUCUUAUAAUUCUGGACGGCGCUUUUUUGGUGCACAGACCCGGAAUAAAACGCAAAACAAUUUCGAAUAACAAUGAAAUGCCAUUAAUUCGUGCCCAGGAGAGGAGAAAUUCCAGAAUUUAUCAAAAUGUUAUAAGACGUUUAGUUAAACAAUAUCAUUCGGAUCGAAAAUGCAGACAAUAGUUAGUAUAAAUUUUAAUUAAUAUAUAUAUAAAGUUCCUAAAGAAAUUAUUAUAUUCUCAACAAACCGUAAGGAGAAUAUUUAAAUUAUUA